CGCACACCACCAUUAGCUGACAACUUCCCCAGCAGUCGGUCACACCGCAGACAGCGCCGAUACAAUGUCGGGCCUCCUGAACAAACGCCCAGUCGCCAAGGCCUUCGCUGUUUUCACUGUCGGCGGAUUCAGUACAUACAUGGUUUCCCGUUUCUUCAGCAAGCGCGCUUUCGCGGAGUCGCCGAUGCCGACGCCGACGCCGAAGAGGGUCUUUGGCAAAGGGCCGGCUUUCGUGUACCUCCAACUUCAUAGAUCCAAGACUGUCAACCAUAACACCAAGCGGCUCUGCUUCAGGCUUCCAGGCGGAGAGAAUGCGCAAAGUGGUCUCGACCUUACCUCUGCUCUUCUGACCUUCUCCAAACCUGCCGGUAGCUGGCUACCUGUUUUGCGUCCUUACACACCGAUCAGUAAGCCGGGUAAAUGAUCCUCUUUUUCGCUGAUUGGUCACGCUUCCUCUGGC